UGAACUUCCUUCAACUUUCAGGCAGUGGCUGUUGGGACCAGAUUCCUCAUGACUCCCCGGGGCCUCUGAACAGCCUUCUCGGCACACAGUUCCAUCGAGUCCUGGAGAGAGGGACUAACAGGCUUGAAAGAGGUUUCUCUUAGGCAAAGUAUUUGUCCUCACCCCACCCUACUCCCCCACCCAAGGCAGAUGUUGAGCUGGCCUUGGGGAGGCUAAGCAGCUUGGUCUUGAGACUGAUCCAGUUUGAAGUCCCUCAGAGCACCCAGCCUGGAGGAGGUCAUUUCUGAGCCUUUGAGCCCAUAGGAGCCGUUGUCAUCCCCCUGAGCAGCAAGUCCGGAAGGCAGCUACCUGCACACGCAGGCCAGCUGGGCCAUCCCGCAGCACAGACUACAGCCGCCCAGGGACAGGGUGCUGUCACUCUGAGACUGUAGGCUCCAUACCGGCCCCGCGGUGGUAAUUUCCACAGGCCCCUCAGAAUGUCCAGAAACGUAUGGCCUCAGGAGGAGCAGGAGCUGGAGCUUGACUGUAGAGACUUGGGGCUCCUGGGAGAUGUGAGAGAGUGUUACAGUGACCCCUCAGUGCUGGAGAGACAGCUGGCCAGCAGGAUCAGGGCCAUGUCCACUGCACAGCAGGGCCAGGCAUUGAACAUCAUUUGUCGCUACCUGGAAGGGCACACCCAGCAACCACCGUCGGGCUCCCAAGACCUUCAUAUCAUUGGAACUCUUGAACUUCCACCAGGAAGGGCUGGAAGGUUGGAGGGAGUCAGGGCACCUGUGGCUACUCCAUAUCAGCAGCCCCCGGGGCAGCAGCGUGUGGUGGACACAGACAUCAGCGUGCAGAAGCUCCUGGAGUCCCUGUGCCUGGCACCCGAGCGGGCCACGGAUAAGACCCUCCUCUUCCGCCUCUUUGGGCUGAUCCUUUGUGAGUGCACAGAUGCGGUGCUGGUGAAGAAGUACCUCACCUCCCUUCUGGAGCUGUCUCACCAGGACUUCAGCCAGCGGGAGGACAUCGCACUGGCUGUGGGCUUGGCAUCCACUACGCACCUGGAGGAGGUGUGGGCCCUGCUGGAACACCUGGGCAACACCUGGUUCUUGAGGUGGAGGAACCUGUGCCCUGAAGGACAGCACCCAGAUGCCAACCUGCACUGGAAGUGGGUCAGCAGCACCGUCUUACUGUGCUAUGGACAGAUGGCCGCACAUGCCAAGGAGCGGAUCCUGCCCUGGGUAGACAGCAUCACCUCCUGGAUGGUGCACUACUUUUCCUGCAGCCGCAGUGAUACUGUCCUCAAAGUCAGCUUCCUUUCUGCUGCUGUCCUGCUCACCAAAGUACUCAGGCAGGACUAUGGUGCUCAGAGGUACAGGUUCACCCAGAUACCGGAGAUCAUCCAAUGUCUCCUGUGGAUCCUCCAGGAAGAGCCCAACUGCCUGGUCACCCUGUCUCGGCAGAAGAUCAUGUUGGUCAUUAUAGGACUGAGCAACCUGCGGCCCAGCCUCCCGCCCUGGGUCAAGUCCAGGGUCAUAAAAGUCUGCCUGCGAAGUGUGUAUGCGCUGCCCCCUACAGAGAAGCUGCCAAGCUGCCUGCCGUCACUGGACCCAUUCUCUAGCGUCGAUGUCAUGAGCAUAUACAACAAGACAGUGCAAGCCCUCGACCUGCUCCUCCAGAACUUCUUCGCUGAGAACCCCAGGAUGGAUGAAGUCUGCUUCCUCCUGCAGCACAUGGAGCACUGGCUGCAGUCGGACAACAGCCAUGAGCGGCGGCGGGCUGUGCAAUCCAUUCUCCUGCUUCUGCAGUGUGUGGUAGACACUCUGAAGUCCACAGAAGAGGCCAUGCCUUCCGUGCUGGGCCACCAGCUAGGCCUGCUGACACUGCUAUGGUGGGACACAGAUGCAGAGACCCAGAGCCUUGCCCACCAGUGUGUCUAUCUACUCCUGCAGCUUUCUGUGCAGCAGAAGGGAACAAUGGUGUGUCUGCGCCAGAGCAAGGUGAAGUGCUUCAAGGUCAGGACCUCUGGAAAAGGGGAGGCGGAGCUCAAACAUUUGGUGAAGGUUUUCUCCAGACAUGAGCCCGUUUGGAGCUGCAGGCCUAAGGCCUUCGACAAGGUUCUGAGUGAGGACCAGCACACACAGCUGGUGCUCAUGCUGCUGCACGGCCUCAGCAGCCACAGCCUCCUGCAAUGUCAUCUGGCCUCCAAGCUCCUCCUGAUGAUCUUCGAGGGCCGCAGCAUCAAGCCAGAGCAGGUGGCCGAAGUCCUGCAAGGCCUCUUCCAGGAGGUGCCAAGUUUCCACUUCAAGAAGACCCAGCAGACCAUGACAAGGGUCAUGAUAGCUCUGGGGACCCAGUACACAUCAGAGGUGGCUGAAGUGCUCCUGUCCCUGUGCCACCCCUCAGAGAAGCAGAUCCUAACCCUCUGGAUAUCCCUGGCUUCCAAUUCCAAACUGGCUCGAAAUGUCAUGACCCUGCUCUACAUGAAGCUCAAGCUGCACCCCUCCUUGGAGAUCAUCCAGUCCACCCACCAGGCUUUGGGUACCAUUUAUGAGCUCCUCUACAUGCAGGAGUACAGGGCCAUAGUCCGCAAGGCCUUUGCGGGGAUCCUCCUGGGCCUGCUCACACAGCUGUACUACCUACUCGAGCUGGGCAUGGUUGAGGGCUUCUUGGACUACCAGGAAGACAUCCUGGACUCCAAGCCCCUUGGGCCCUGCAGGACCUGCCUAGAAGCACUGAAGGGCCUCUUCUGGACCACUCGGUACUGGGAGGUGUUCGCCCACAUCAAACUGCUCAGAGGCUGGGAGCUCUUUGGGCACCUAGAGACCUACACGGAGGGAGUGACCGUUCUGGCCAGGGCCAUGGCACUUUAUGGCUGUGAGGUCAAGGCUGUCUUGGGACAGGCCAUCGUCUCCAUGAGGAGCGCUGAGGAGCAAGACAACAUUGUGGCCAUCCUCAUCAUCUCAGAGUUUCUCAACAGUCCAGAGGUUCCUAAGUACGUGUCCCAGAGGACCAUGAAGAAACUUCUGAGCCUGGGCCUGAAGAGUCCCAACUGGCUGGUACGGGCCAUGAGCCUGAAGGGCUUCAGUAGCAUCCUGAUGAACCCCAAGAAGGUGGCCCUGCUCCAUGGCAUGCUCAGGGAUCUGGUAUACAGCUUUCUGCAGCCCCAGCCCCAGGAUCCCCUGGGUCUGAUAGUAAUCCUGGGCGACAUCCUGCACCGUCUGGGCCUCCAGGGAGUUGGCGCCAUCAGCGUCCAGAUUGCCCAGCACCUGCUGCAGCUGUUUGAGCAUGGGCAGCAGCAGGAAGAGGAGAUGCAAGACCCCUUGGAGAAUGGUUGGACGAUCCUUAGCUGGGCAGGUGGGAGGGGGACGCUGCAAUUCCUGCAGAAAAAGGUGAAGGUGCGUGGAAGUGCCAUCCUGCUGUUUGGGGAUGUUAUCUACAGUGGUGGCGGAAAGUUCCAGCAGACGCUCAAGAACUUGGCCUUCCAGGCCCUGGUGCCUCUGCUCUUGCACCUAGCCGAUUCCUGCCAAGAGGUUGUCAUGAGGACAAAGUUCACCUUCUUUCGCUGUGCCAUCUUGCUGAAGUGGGAGUUCCGAAAGGAGCUGUUCAGCAAGUUGGCGUGGGGCCAAGGACUGAGCGCCGAGUACGACAUUUUUGUCUUCAUGGUGGAGAGCAACUUCGGUAGACACCACCAGUUUUUCAUGCAGGCCCUGACCUACCUGGUUAGCCCCUACAGGAACCUGAAGCUGGCAGCUAUGAAGUUCAUUGGGGGCAUGCUGCAGGACUACUUUCUGGACCUCUGCUUCUACCUGAAGAAGAGUGACAUAAUAACCCUCAAGAAGUAUUUUGACGCCCUCCAGGAGGACCCAGAUGUCAUAUGCCGCAGGUUCUACCUGAGCUUCUCGGAAGACAUCAUGGAUCUGUCCCAGUCUGUGGCCUAGAGCAGAGCUCAGCAGCCACUCAGCCUGUCCCUUCCCUGUCCUUGUUGAGUUCUAUCUUUAUUAAAUGCUGACAG